AUGGCUACUGCGGUGGAGAGGCUGGGAAUUAUAACCAGCCUCGUCAGAAAGACCACCGCCUUCAAGGGGGGCUUCAGCGCGAAGAUUCUGCGUGCCUCUACGGACAUCAGGGAUAUCAUGGAUACCCUGGUGUCGCGUAACGAGUCGGACGAAGUACGGCGCCUCAGGGCUGAUAAUGGUCGCCUCCAAAGAGAGGUGGCCAAUAUGAGGGCAGAGGUCGCUGCGCUCCGCAGCGGGUUUGAGGAGGCUCGCCGCGAGGUCAACCAGGCUGCGCGAGCUGCGGAACAGCGGGCAGGUGCACCUGCAGAGGAAGAGAGGCUGAUGGAGAGGCUGGAGGCUUCCAUAGCCAAAAUGAUAGAUGGCCGCCUAGCAGAGCUGAAGACUUGCCUCCCUCGGAUGGUCACCCGCCCACCUCUGGCGGGUGACAGUUCGAGGGUGGCCAGGGCCACUAGGGCGGCCAUUGCGGAGGCCUCCGGAUUGAGUCCGGCGCUGCUGCCUAAGCGGACGGGAAUGGAAGGCCGUAGAAGGGAAAGUGCUGAGGAGGGGAUGGAGUGGGGGCCGUCGACCUCUGCAGUUCCGGACGAGUUCCCGGAGCUCCCUGGAGUUGAGGAUGGGCCGACGACCUCGGCAAUUCUGGUCGACGGAUCCCCGGAGCUCCCCUGGGUUGAGGUUGGGAGGAGGAGCAAAGGGAAGGGAAAGGGCAAAAAAUCCAAGCCCAAGCCCGAGGCGGUACCCAAGGGGGCCCCCUCAACCGUGCCCAAGCCCACGGCGGCGCCCACGGGGGCGCCUAAGUCUGUGCCCAAGCCUACGGCGGCGCCCGCGGAGGCGCCUACGUCUGUGCCCAAGGAGUCCCCCAAGGCGGCGCCACUGAGGGUGGUGAAAAAACUGUCGGCCCCUAGCUCCUCGGCUGUAAUUCUUAAGUUACAGCCGGAGGCAGUGCAAAAUGGGGCCACAUACAGUUCCGCCCUCCUCAAGGCCGAGCAAGAGGUGAACCUGGAGGAGCUGGGCAUUGGCUCGCUUCGGAUUCGCCCGAGUGCGACCGGAGCGAGAUUAAUUGAGGUCCCCGGCUCCUCUAGCUCAGGCAAGGCGGACGCACUUGCUUCGGCCUUGAAGGUGGCCCUGGCCGGCGUCGUGGACGUUUUCAGGCCCGUCAAAACUGCGGAUUUCCGCGUGACGGGACUGAAUGAUGCGGCAACGGCGCAGCGGAUAAAGGCUGCGGUCGCGCAAGCCGGGAGCUGCACGGAGGACCAGGUCUGGGUGGGUGAAAUCCGCUCAGACUGGCGGGGCUCUGGCUCUGCCCUGAUGCGCUGCCCGGUCACGACGGCCAAAAAGCUGAUCGAGGCGGGCAGCCUCACGGUAGGCUGGAGCCGGGUGCAGCUCCGGCACCUGGAGGCGCGCCCCAUGCACUGCUACAAGUGCAUGGGGAAGGGGCACACUGCAUCGCUGUGCCCCUCGCAGACGGACCGCAGCCGGCUCUGCUAUAGGUGCGGGGAGGCAGGGCAUUUGUCCGCCUCCUGCACAGCGGAGCCCCGCUGCGCGGUAUGCCGCGACGCCGGCAAGCCGGCGGGCCACGUGAUGGGGGGUAGGGCCUGCAACCCACCCCCGAUCCGAGGGAAAGGGCCGUCCCCUCCUCCGCGCGAGGGAAGGCAAGGGGAGGCGCCAGUCGGCCAAAUGGAGGAGUGA